AACAAACAUUUUUGGGUCAUUCAUAUCGAUAUUGUAGUUCUUGAGUGCGGAUCACUUCCAUCGUUGAUUGAUUCGGCGGCCAUUGCUGUCAAAUCGGCUCUCUUUGACACCAAAAUACCAAAAGUGAGUCCCAUUUUGGGCGACGACAACGACUUUGUCGUAUCUGACGAUGAGUUUGAGUCGACACGACUGGAUGUGAGUUCUGUGCCAUUGUUUGUCACAUUAACCCGAAUUAGUGGCCGAUAUGUUGUGGACGUGACCCGAGAGGAAGAGGAGGCCGGAGUCGCCAGUAUAUCAUUCGCUAUCAAUUCCACUGAAGGUAUUGUUUAUGUGAAGAAAUUAAAGUCUGGAAGUUUACACCCGGAACCCAUCCAACAGAUCCAUCAGAGUGUCCAAAAAGUGGGAAACACUCUCAACGAGUCCCUAAUGUCAAAGUUGUCAACGGAUUCACUAAAUAAGGGCAAAAUCAGCUUCUCUUUCAAUUAAUCCUUUUUCGAUACCAUUUGUAAAUAAAUUAAUAAUUCUUUAA